AUGCUCAGGAUAGUUUGGGAUGCUCCUCAGCAGUUGCUAAAGGAGAGGAGAGAGUCCCGGAAGCUGGUACUGGUGGUGGUGUUUGUUGCUCUGCUCCUGGACAACAUGCUACUUACUGUAGUGGUGCCCAUUGUACCCAACUUCCUAUAUGCCACAGAGUUCAAAGAAAUCAACACUCCUCUGCACCUUGGCACCACCACAGUUUCCCAGCAUGUCCUUACUCCUCGUGCCUUUUCCACAAUCUUCUCCUUCUUUGGAAAUGACACCAUGGCUAUUAAAGAAAGUGCACCCAGUGGCACAGCAUGGACAGAUCGCACUUCUGGUACCAUCCCUCCUCUAGUCACUGAAGCCAUCCCAGCACAACAAAACAACUGCUUGCAAGGCACAGAGUUUCUGGAGGAAGAGAACAUACGGGUUGGGGUUCUGUUUGCUUCAAAGGCUCUGAUUCAACUUCUGGUCAACCCAUUCGUGGGACCUUUCAUCAACAGGAUUGGAUAUCACAUCCCCAUGUUUGUUGGCUUUGUUAUCUUGUUUCUCUCCACAGUUAUGUUUGCUUUUUCUGGUACCUAUACCCUACUUUUUGUGGCUCGAACCCUUCAAGGCAUUGGAUCCUCAUUUUCUUCUGUUGCAGGUCUUGGGAUGCUGGCAAGUGUCUACACUGAUGACUAUGAGAGAGGGCAUGCCAUGGGAAUUGCCUUGGGGGGCCUGGCUUUGGGAGUGCUAAUGGGAGCUCCUUUUGGAAGUGUGAUGUAUGUGUUUGUUGGGAGGUCUUCACCCUUCCUUAUAUUGGCCUUUCUGGCACUACUAAAUGGAGCACUCCAGCUGUGUAUCCUACAGCCUUCCAAAGUCUCUCCUGAGAGUGCCAAGGGGACUCCACUCCUUACACUUCUCAAAGACCCUUAUAUCCUGGUGGCUGCAGGCUCCCUCUGCUUUGCUAACAUGGGAGUGGCCAUGCUGGAGCCCACACUGCCCAUCUGGAUGAUGCAGACCAUGUGUUCCCCUGAGUGGCAGUUAGGUCUAGCUUUUUUGCCUGCCAGUGUGUCCUACCUCAUUGGCACCAACCUCUUUGGUGUGUUGGCAAACAAGAUGGGUCGGUGGCUCUGCUCCAUGAUUGGGAUGAUGGUUAUAGGUACCAGCUUGCUUUGUGUUCCUCUGGCUUAUAAUAUUUUUGGUCUCAUUGGCCCCAAUGCAGGACUUGGAUUUUCCAUAGGUAUGGUGGAUUCCUCUGUGAUGCCCAUCAUGGGACACCUGGUGGACCUGCGUCAUACCUCGGUGUAUGGGAGUGUCUAUGCCAUAGCUGAUGUAGCUUUUUGCAUGGGUUUUGCUAUAGGCCCAUCCACUGGGGGAGCCAUUGUGCAUGCCAUUGGCUUCCCCUGGCUUAUGGUCAUCAUUGGGGUCAUCAACAUCAUGUAUGCUCCUCUCUGUUACUACCUGAGAAGCCCCCCAGCCAAGGCGGAAAAGCUGGCAAUUCUGAGCCAGGACUGCCCCAUGGAGACCCGGAUAUGUGCAACUCAGAAGCCCACAAGGGAAUUUCCUCUGGGGGAAGACAGUGAGGAGGAGCCUGGCAGUAAGCAGUAGCAGCAGAAAGUGGUCUCUGAGCCUUGUCACAUGUUCGAUCCAUGAGCCUUGGACUUCAGUGACCAAAGAGUGACCACCUCUUUCCCUAAUCAUGAGAUCUCUAUGGGCUGCUCAACAGGCUUUACUUCCCUCUCCCCUGAGUAUACCUCCCCCUACCCCCGACUUCCAUGAGUGCCAUUCCCCGGUUCUCUCC